AUGUCCUCCGAUGCAGCAGCUUUACCCUCUCCUCCAGACUUCGCACCGUGGGAGAACGCCCCUCGCCGUCCUCAUUCUCUCGGUGGCAUGCAUCCGGGCGGGAGGUCAACCGCCGGACUAGGAUCGUACCAGGCCUACAGCUAUGGCCCCUCCCCGGGAUCUCAACCAGCACGUUUUCCCAACCUGAAGGAUCUCCAAGAUGAAGCGGCAGCUCUUGAUAUGAGCGAAGAUACAUCGAUCAUUAACCUGGACUCCAUGCAGCUUAGCAUUCUACUGGAGCGGGCGCAAGUGGCUAUAGAUCGAGCCCGUGAGCUCGCCAAUACCGAGCAAGUGGAUAGAGCUUAUGUGCAAUAUCUGCGUGCCUCCGAGAUUACGAUCAAUAUCAUACCUAAUCACCCCGACUACCGAGUGACUGCCAGCCAGCGUCCAGGAUGGUACAAACGAUUCAGAGAUCUGAUGAUGGCUGUGCGAAUGAAGCAAGGGACAAUGGACGACAUCAAACAACAGAUAUUAGAGAACAAUUUGUUGAGCAAUGUCCAGCCUGCGGGGCCCCCCCGUCAAACUCCCCACGACCAAGGUCACAGGUCUUAUCCCCUGGACUUUUGCAGACUCCUGGAUCAAGAGGCCGCCCAACCGACGCUGGCAACAACGGACUGCGAAUGCCUAGCCCCUCGCAGUUCCAACAAUCGGCCGAAUCAAAUGGGAAAUUGA